AUGGCCAUGAUGAGUCAUCCCAGUAUGGUGGGUGGUGCUUUAAUGGCCUGUGCUGAGAGCAGUACCGCUGUCUAUGCUGGUAACAUUCGCACCUAUCGAGAGACCUGCCUGUGCAUCCUUGAUGACUAUGAGCGAAAUGGACCUGAUAAUCUUUAUGCACCUGAUGACGGAAGACGCUUUAGAAAGCCUAGUAACAACCUAGGACUCCAGGCUAUGUACCUUGCCAAACAAGUUAACUACGUCAAAACAAAACCAGAAAAGCCUAUUUUCCCCCUCUCCUAUACUCGUCUCAGUGAUGAGUUGGUUUAUCUGGCGACUAAGCAUCUGAGUCCGACAGAUCGUGCACGCAAAUACCCGUACGAUUUCAAUUCCGAUGGAGAUAUCGACACCGCGCGUGUACCGUCCGGGGUUAGCCCGAUCUGCUGGGCACAUGGUCUGCCGUUUUUCCCUGUCUACAAGGGAUACUACAUUCUGUGUGGUCGGCUGCAUGCAAGAUGGGCUGGGUGGAUUUUGCAUCCAUUGGGUAGUCCCCAGGCCAAGUCUUAUCCAACGUGGACUGUUGGUCCAGUCGUCGUGGCCCCAGGCUCAGCUGUUGCACUUAUACGCAAGCUCAAUAAUCAGAUGCAAAUUUGGGACCGAUCAAAGGGACUUCCGGGAGUGAAUUACCCCCGAGCUUUUGGACUGGAGGCUGAUCCUGCCAUGCGCGAUCGCGUUGCAUCCAACCACACUGAUAUUGCGCUUGUGCCCUCGGUAAAUGGUGGUUAUACACUCUGCGCAUUGGUGUGGAUUCGUGGCUACCACCCGCGCUGUGGUCCCAGCUUGCGGUAUUAUCCAAAUCAUUCAAUCGCCCCUGCAACAGUUUUCCACGGAAUACCCCUUGAUUAUCAACAAUAUCUGCACCGACGCUAUUUUAACCAACGGCAUCCAAGUGUCUAUGAGACCGUUGGUAACCAAGAUGCAAAUGAAACAUGGGUUUUCCAGCCGGCUGCAAACACUGAUCCCGAAAUCGCGAGAUAUGAAACUGAAUCGACACCUGAUGACACGACAAUUGCGACUGCUUCAACUCACAGUGCUAGCACUUCGGUUUCUAGCGAAUCAGAAACGAGAACUGAAUCUGAAAGCGAAACCAGCUCUUCUAGUGAAAGCGGCAGCGACUCACCCAUUCAACAUGCGCCGCCACCCCAUAUUCAAGAGCCUCAGCAGUUACAAGGUACACAGCACAUUCAAGAUCAGCCCCAGCAGUUCUCCCAGAACCCUAUGCAAAAUCCACAGCGUAUUCAAAAUCUUCUGCCCUACUUCCAAGGAUUCCAGUACAAUCCAGGUCUGCCAUAUCAUUUUCCGAGUCUUCAAGGUCUUCCACUUUAUAUCCAACCUCUUGCACAGUACUUCCCAGGGUUUCCACCGCAAAUUCAAGGAAUGCUGCAGAUACAAGGACCACCGCAGUACUUUCUGUAUUCCCCGGGUUUUCCACAGACCAUUCAGGUUGUCCCGAGGCCGAUCCAAAACCACCAUAUGCAGCCCGCUCACGGUCUUCCGCCGAUUGAAAAUCAGCCUCCGCAGCGUAUUGAAGAACCUGAGCAGUCCUUUUUUGAUCGAUCUUUGGAACAGCUUCAGGAUCAGCCUGCGCAGCCCACCCAAGGUGUUCUAGAACUGACUGAAGACCAUCCUAUGGAGCCGACUGAAGAUUCUCGGUUCUUCCAGGAUGAAACUCUGCAGACUACUCAACCUCUUCCGCAGCGUGUUUCCGGUACUAUGCUCAACAUCGACGUCGCUGGGCAGCUUCCCCACUUCAAUUAUCCCCUUCCGGAGCCGCACUUUAACCUUUCAAAUCCUAUUUUGGGUCACCCUCCGCAGUAUGUCCAAGAUGACCGUCUGCAACAAAUUGUGAAUAAAUCUUCUGGACUGGCCUAUCAUCUUGAAUAUAUCACUGACGAUAGGGGUCGUUCUACUGCGGUUUACACUCAAAUUCAUAAGGCAUGA